AUGGAUGAACAUUGGAAGAGGAGUGGACAAAUACCAGCUUUUGGGAACUGGGAUUUCGCAAACGAGUUGCCAAUAACUCAAUAUUUUGAAAAUGCAAGACAAGCUGGUUUGAUUCGUUACAGUUCUUCAUUUGGCGACAGUGAUCAUUACGUGGCUGGAGAACAAGAUCUUUAUGCUGUUGAUUUUAGGAAACCAGUUGGAAAGACGAGGAGGAGUGGAGAAACAAGAAUGAGAAAAGAGGGGAAAGUGUACGAUGUAACAGAGUAUCCAAGGAAGGCAGUGAAAAAGAAGAAGACAUUAGAUAUAGAUAUAAACGACGUCGUUCGUAACGCUCCUUUACCAACCAGAUUUCCAAAACCAGUAGAUGAAGAUCUUUACAAAAUUUCUCCUCAACUUGUUCGCAAAACCAAAGGGAAAAAAAUGUUGGGAUUCAUUUCCAACUGUCUUGUGCCUACUGCCUGUGUUUCAUGA